GGCCCUGCGCGCUCCUCCCCUCGCCGCGGAGGAGGGAGGCGGCGGCGGCGGCAACAACAAUGAGGCCGGUUCCUUUCCCAUCAUGGCUGCCGGGUGGCCGGCGCCGCUGCCGCCUUCGCCCCGCUGACGGGACCAGGCAGCUCCCCCGCCUCAGCGGCCCCCAAGGAGGGACGGAGGGACGGGGUGGGGGGAGAGGCUGAAGGAGGGAGAGAGAGACGUGGGUCGGGGGGCUGCCGAGGCGAGGAGCGAGCGCAGGGCGCUGCGCCCGUCACCGUCUCCUCGGGCCUGCUCGGAGCUCCCUCCUCUCAGUCCGCGCAACUGGAGAAACCUCACUUUCGUCCUCUCCCCCACCCCGCAUUUUCUGUGGGGUGCGUAGUGUAUGCCUCUCCUCAGCCUCUCGCUCCCACCUUUGAAGCUUUCAGAUAAUUCCUCUCUUACUCCCUUUAUCCUAAUAAUCAUUUUCUCUCUCCUCCACCCCAUUUUCUGUGUAUGCUCCCCUUGAUGGGCGAGAUCUCUCCCACCUUUGGGAUAAUUCCUCCCCCCCCUUUUUAUCAUCAUUUUUUAAAUAUGUAUGUUUGGAGUAACUGCAUUUCUCUCACUUCCCAUAUUUAUUCUUUCUGAUUCCACACCCAGCCCAAGGGAGCUUUAAUCCCCCCCCCAAAAAUAAUAAUUCAUUUUCUCUUUUUUUAUAAACUUGAGGUGCAGGCACCCUUUCCCCCCCUUCUUCAGUCUCCCCUUUCAGGACUUUGAUUUCCACUUAACCAAAAGAAGCUUUAAUUUCACUAUCUGCCCCCCCAAAAAGUAAUAGGAAUUUUUGUUCCUCCUUCCCUCUCUCUAGGAAGUCUGUCUGUAUUCCUCAAUGUCAUCUUUUUCUGCAUCUCUACCACUUGGGGGGUGAAGGGGAGAGUCCCCCUUUCCUGAGAGGCCCCCUUUGCAUUCUCCAUUCUGGGCAUUUUUCAGACUGUUUUUCUCUUUCCAAGGAUUCCCUCCUUCCCUUCCUGUUUUGCUUUUCUAUCUUGACAACAGUUGGAAGCAAGCCCCUCUAACUUCCUGUCUUUCCACUUGUUGAUGUUUGGCUUCAGGUGGUCCCAACUUUCCCGUAGAUUUUGAGCAUCUGGGGGCUCUGCUCCUGCUGUUUUAGAGUCGUCUCUGCACCCCCCGUCUUUAAAAGCAGCAACACCCAAAACAAUCUGGACUCUUAUGGAGCGUUCUGGGCGCCCUUCCUGCCUUCCGUCACUUUUGGCCGGAGUUGAUCCAAAGCAUCUGCCUUCCAAGGAAUAUCCCAAGAAAAAACCUUGCCAGCUGCCAAACUGGGAUGAAGCCAGGCUCGGUCAGCUCACUUCGAUCACAUCUGGCUGUUGUGCAAAAACCUCCCUGCUGGAGAGCGGAUGUGGACAAAGUGCCUGCAGGACUUGUGAAUAUCCCGCAUCAGGUGACAUCUGUAUCUUUAUAUGACCAGUAAAGAACAGGUCAGGAGCGUGGGUAUUAAAGCCACACGUGACUUCUAAUGUUUUCCUCUUCAAAAUGAUCCCCCUCUUGCUUUCACUGGAACAUCAGAGAUGUGUCAGUGGGGGAAGGUAAUCUGAGACUUUUGCUAUGGGGCAGGUGAGUUUGGAUAAGACUGAAUUCCACUGAAAUAGGUUGCUAUCCAAAAAAUCCUGUUACAGAGCCUCAGGCAUUUUGAACUUUUUUUGUAUUUUAUUUUAUUUUGGGGAUGGGGAAGAGAAAUGACUCUUGCCACGCAUCUUUGUUUCAGAUGUUUGAAUAAUACUUGAAGCCAAAUGCUUUCCGUUUUUAGGCCUGUGGCAAGUGAGCGCUAUGCAAAAAGAAAGGAUUGUGAUACUGAUCUGCCGCAAGAUAACUUCUCCCUGCAGUGUGUUUCAAGGUAGAGGAUGAACUAGUACUGGAUUACCCAGUGGAAGAUCAAGGAUGAGACUUUUAAACUUCUACUUAAAAAAAAACACUGCAAAAUGUUUCAUGGCUUUUGCAGCUGCUAAGUGGAACUUCUAAUUUAGCGUUCUGACAAAAUGAACAGCGCUCUGCGUCUUGGUUUGAGCUUUCUGCCUUGAGUGAUCUUGGGGUCUGGAAUUAUCCACCCCAAGGUACUCAUCUCCUCGUGAAGCUCUUUGGCAAUCUGGAAGGUCUGUGUCUUCUUGUGUUGGGACAACCUGCAUUUCGAUACUUUAUGGGUCAGCAGCCCGGAAAAGUUCUUGGGGACCAACGGAGGCCGAGUCUGCCUGCCCUGCACUUUAUCAAAGCCACAGGGAAAAAAGAAACAUCCAGGCAUGGAGGCCCUCACUGUAAUGUCUUUCUGGAACAUGAAGCGCUUCAAAGGCCAGUAGUCUCCGAAUUUGAGCCACAGGGCCUGAGUGAAGCUGCCCGCUGGAACUCCAAAGAGAAUCUCCUUUCUGGUCCUGGCGAAAAUGACCCCAAUCUUUUUGUUGCCCUGUAUGAUUUUGUAGCAAGUGGAGACAACACUCUCAGCAUAACUAAAGGUGAAAAGCUCCGCGUCUUGGGCUACAACCACAAUGGGGAAUGGUGUGAAGCCCAAACGAAGAACGGGCAGGGCUGGGUCCCCAGCAACUACAUAACCCCUGUGAACAGCUUGGAGAAGCACUCUUGGUACCAUGGGCCGGUGUCUCGGAAUGCCGCCGAGUACUUGCUGAGCAGCGGGAUCAACGGCAGCUUCCUGGUGCGGGAGAGCGAGAGCAGCCCGGGCCAGCGGUCCAUAUCGCUGAGAUACGAGGGCAGGGUUUACCACUACAGGAUCAACACUGCGUCCGACGGGAAGCUUUAUGUGUCUUCCGAGAGCCGCUUCACCACGUUGGCCGAGCUGGUCCACCAUCACUCGACCGUUGCAGACGGGCUGAUCGCCACUCUCCACUACCCGGCCCCAAAGCGGAACAAGCCCACCAUCUACGGCGUGUCCCCGAACUACGACAAGUGGGAGAUCGAGCGAACAGACAUCACGAUGAAACACAAGCUGGGAGGGGGCCAGUACGGGGAGGUGUACGAAGGCGUCUGGAAGAAGUAUAACCUGACAGUGGCUGUGAAGACCUUAAAGGAGGAUACCAUGGAGGUGGAAGAAUUCUUGAAAGAGGCUGCGGUAAUGAAGGAGAUCAAGCAUCCGAAUUUGGUGCAAUUACUGGGCGUGUGUACACGGGAGCCUCCGUUUUAUAUAAUCACUGAGUUCAUGACGUACGGAAACCUCUUGGAUUACCUUCGAGACUGCAACAGGCAGGAGGUGAACGCUGUCGUCCUUCUGUACAUGGCCACUCAAAUCUCCUCUGCGAUGGAGUACCUGGAGAAGAAGAACUUCAUCCACAGGGAUCUCGCUGCCCGGAACUGCCUCGUCGGGGAGAACCAUCUGGUGAAGGUGGCCGACUUUGGCCUGAGCAGGCUGAUGACAGGUGACACGUACACAGCCCACGCCGGAGCCAAGUUCCCCAUCAAGUGGACUGCACCAGAAAGCCUUGCGUACAACAAGUUCUCCAUCAAGUCUGACGUCUGGGCCUUCGGCGUCCUGCUUUGGGAAAUUGCGACGUAUGGGAUGUCCCCUUACCCUGGGAUUGACCUCUCCCAGGUCUACGAGCUCCUAGAGAAGGAUUAUCGAAUGGAACGACCCGAGGGCUGUCCAGAGAAAGUCUAUGAGCUCAUGAGAGCAUGUUGGCAGUGGAGCCCUUCUGAUCGACCCUCCUUUGCCGAAAUCCACCAAGCAUUUGAAACGAUGUUCCAAGAAUCCAGCAUCUCUGACGAGGUGGAAAAAGAGCUGGGGAAGAAAGGGAUGAGAAGCGUCGUGAGCACCUUACUGCAAGCUCCAGAACUGCCGACAAAAACGAGAACGUCCAGAAGAGCAGCCGAAUGCAAAGAUGCCAGCGAGAGCUUGGAGACGGCGCCAGCAAAAGGCCCCGGGGAAUGUGAUGCCACGGAGCAUGAGCCAACAGUGUCUCCCUUGCUGCCACGGAAGGAAAGGGUUGCCACGGAGGGCGGAUUGAACGACGAUGACCGCUUGCUCCCGAAAGACAAAAAGACCAACCUCUUCAGCGCCCUCAUCAAGAAGAAGAAGAAGAUGGCCCCCACCCCGCCAAAGCGAAGCAGCUCCUUCCGGGACGUGGACAGCCAUUCGGAUCGUAAGGGAGGCGGCGAGGAGGAGGUCAAGGAUGGCGGCAAUGGGGCCUUUUUGGCGGACUCCGAGGACCACUCCAGGUUCCAGAACCCCAGCAGCUGCAGCGAAGCCGGAGUAGCCAAUGGAACCGUGGCCGGGAACUCAGGGUUACUGUCCCCCCACCUCUGGAAAAAACCUGGCCCUGCAACCAAUAGCCGGUUGGGGGCCGGCGAAGAAGAGAGCAGCUUGAACGCCGGCAAGCGGUUCCUCCGGUCAUGCUCAGCCUCCUGCGUGCCCCACGGGGCCAAGGACAUGGAGUGGAAGUCGGUCACCCUACCCCGGAACCUGCAGUCCACGGGGCGACAGUUUGAUUCGUCCACCUUUGGUGGGCACAAGAGUGAAAAGCCCGCCCUACCUCGGAAGCGGGCUAAUGAGGCAAAGGCAGACCUGGUCGUCAGGGGGACGGUGACACCUCCUCCUCGGCUGCCCAAGAAGAACGAAGAGGUAGUCGAAGAGGUGUUCAAAGACGCUGAGUCCAGCCCCAGCCCGCCUACCCUGACCCCCAAAGUCAUCCGGAGGCAGCAGCUCAUCCCACCCGCUGUCAGCCUUUCCCACAAAGAGGACGCUGUGAAAUCCAGUGCCUUAGGAGGUGGGCUGAUGACAGAGCAGGGCCCUACUGCCAAAGCUGGCAUCUUCAUGGGCGUCGGCAAGGCUUCCGUUGAAGAGCCACGGCUGAGAAAGGCGAAGCAGGCUUCAGAGAAAGACAAGGGGAAGCUAUCCAAAUUGAAACCGGCCCUGCCACCUCCGCUAUCUUCAUCAUUGUCGUCUUCCGUGGGCAAAAGCAGCAAAGGGGGUCUCGGUUCUGGGCACGAAGGGUCCGAUACGCUCAUGGCAAAGGGCAAGCAGCCAGCUCAGACGAUGGACUCUGUGAGCACCGAGGCCCCCAAGUCCAGCCUAUUGGCGGAGGGGAUGAAAAAGCCCACCGUCUCCUCUGUGCCAAAGCUCCCAUCCUCCACCAAAUUACUGUUGAUGGCGGCAUCCCCCUCUCCUUCCUCUCCUUUUUCUGCUCCCGUCACCUCAUCUGCCCUGAACGUGGACCAGCCGGCCUCCACGGCCUUCAUCCCCCUCAUUUCCACCCGUGUCUCCCUACGGAAGACCCGCCAGCCUCCGGAGAAGAUCGCCAGCGGCGCCGUCACCAAGGGCAUGGUCUUGGAGAGUUCCGAGGCCCUGCGGACGGCCAUCAGCAAGAACUCGGAGCAGAUGGCCAGCCACAGCGCCGUCCUGGAGGCUGGCAAGAACCUCUACACCUUCUGCGUCAGCUACGUGGACUCCAUCCAGCAGAUGCGGAACAAGUUUGCCUUCCGGGAAGCCAUCAACAAGCUGGAGAACAGCCUCCGGGAGCUCCAGAUCUGCCCUGCCACAGCCACCGCUGGCCCUGCCGCCACCCAAGACUUUAGCAAGUUGCUCAGCUCUGUGAAAGAAAUCAGCGAUAUCGUCCAGAGGUAGCAGAAGGCCCCAGAUGCCUGGAACCUGAGGGGGAGGGAGCAGGGCGGACAAUGGAGUUGUUGCACCGCCGAGCACAAAUGUGGGGCUGGGAGGUGGGGGAGGCAUCGGCUGGGGCUGGCCCAAGACAUUUUGGUGCCUGGGGCAAGGGGAAACCCCCCGAAGUAGUGGCACACGUUGAUUAACACAGGCUGGUGAGUUCCCCUGUGCAAUCUCCAGUUGAAAUAAAUGGCUCCCAGGUGAUAUCAUCUGGAGGGCACGUGAGGCUCUUAAAAACACGCUGAAACUUAAGCAGCUCUGGACCAAGUCAGUGCCCCAGCGGGAUUUUUUCCAGGAGACUCAGCGACACCGCCUUGGCUUCCGUGGUGGAAGGAAGGGUGGACAAAGAAGUAACAGGAAAUCAGUAAAUAAGCAGGAGUUGUGUAGGAGCAACUCCCAUUCAUUCCAAUGGGGUUUGCACAGGAGGCUUGUCUUCUGUGGGUCUCUGCCUGUCUCCCUCCCUCUGUGCUGCCCUUAACAGCUCUCAACAUCCACUGCCUCUCCUUGAGCCACCCCCUGCCAUCUGGUGUGUGCACCUGCCACCUCUUCACCACAGGCCUAGCCCCUGAACCAGAGACUCCUUGAGAGAUGCCCCCCCCCGUUUGUCUCUAACCCAGAUCCUCUGCUGCCUUGAAAGCCUUAUCUGUGGGGUUGUUGCCUUGGGGAGGGGGAGACUGAACGAGUCUUACAGCGUUGAGGUUUUGUCAUUUCCUCAUAUUCCUGUUUAAUGUUUUAUUACUUUUGGCCUGAGCUUGACAUCGGAAGUUGUGCCUCGUGGACCCUGCUGUCUGGACCCGCUUUUUCCAGGUGUGGGGGUGUCCCGGGUUCCUCCUCCCCCCCACCCCCUGGGCAUUUCCCAUAGCAAAAACUCCCUCGUCCUCCACCAGAUCCCCAGGUUUUAAAUUUGGGACUGGCCAGUGAAGAGAGUGGGGGCGUACAGAAGGAGGAGGUGUUCACAGCGAAGCAACAUUCAUGUGUUGCCAGAAGGAUCUGCACAAUUGUUCUCUCCUGCCCAUCCCAAUGGGCAAAAGCAGCGCACGCACGCACGCACAUACACACCCCUCCAGCAAAGAGCCUUGGUCAGUUUUCCUGGGAUUGGCAAGAAUCAAGCAGGCCACCACUUAAGGCAGGGAACCCCUGAAAUGUGUCCUCUUGGACAACUGUGAGCGUCUGGCUUAGAAAUUAAAGUGGAACCAAGAAGCCCCCCUACCAUUUUUCCAGGGCUGUCCUGCAAGGCCCACCUUUGGUGGGUUGUCAGAAAUUUCUUAAUGUUCAUGGGGGGUGGGGAGGGCUUGCUUACCACUAUUUAACCUGAGACAGCAGAAAAUUUUAUCUGCUCCCCAACACAUACACACACACUCCUUUCUUAAACAUGCUGCAGUUGUUUCUACUUUGGAUUCACUUUUGAGUUUUCACAUUAUAACUUUCAAAGAGCUUAAUUUAGCGCAUAUAUGGGGAGCCUGCACCCUUCCAGUUGGACUCCAGCUCCCAUCAGCCAACAUGUCCAGUGGUCUGGGGAUGAUGGGAGUUGUAGUCCAACAACAUCUGGAGGACCACACGUCCUCCAUCUCUGAUUUAGUGGAAACGAAUUGCAGUUCUUUUGCAUUGAAAGGCCCUCUCGACUCAUCCCACAUUAGGCACUGGUCCUGGAUCUGAAUCGCUUUAGAGUGCUUGGGGGAGGGGGGGGAUAUAGAUGAUUAAAUGCAGAAAUAAUUUCUUGCACAUGCCAAACUAGCAUGUCAGGAUGAAUGUCUCCUUCGCAUGCUAUUUUUCUGUGUGUAAGCCAGAGGGCCCCGAUCCUGCCUGCCGUGUCCUUGGCAAAACUGCUGUUGGGGCCAGUUGUGGACCAGCCUGCUCAACCACUUAAUGCCAGCCUAUUAACUGUGCAAUUUACCUCCUUUCGGAUGAAAAGGCAGGGUCUAGAAAACAAAAUUAAUAUGAUCCCCCUCUUCCUUCAGCUUUGCCCUAUACCAGAUCCUUUGUGUGCCUUCAGCAAUAACCACUUUUUAUAUCUAUUUCCUUCCCCCACGUCCCAUCACUUUCCUCUUUCUUUGAAGACAGAUUAUUCAAGUGUGACAUUUCUAAGGCUCUUAUCUCUUCCCCACCCGCCCCCAAAACACACACACACACAUCUUGCAUACUUCUUCACCGAGUUUUCUACGUGACAAUAAAUGCGAAACGAUAAAAUCGCUACCACAGGCUGCCUUUGGAAGACACGAAACGUGCACGAUGGAAAGCAAAACAGCAGACCAAAAAGGAUGCAUGCCCCCUCCAAAAAUAAACAAGCCCAAGUCUCUCUUUUCCUGUUGGACUGUACUGUUUUCAGAGGGUACUGAUUUCCUUUUUGUGGAUAAUCUAUUGUUGCCACUAUAGUAUACGUUUGUAUCUCAAAUAUUACACACAGCUUUUGUAGACCUCUUUGUCUCUGUUUGUUUUACAACGUGUAAGUAGCUGUGUCUUUCUUCCGUGCUCCCCCCUUUUAUAAUACCUUCAGGACUUUGUUCUUCUUCCCAUUCCCCAGCUGAUGAUUGUCCAGUUCAUAAGGGGGGGGGGCUUUUUUCUGUACAUGGCUUUCUCUGACACUGUGUUUGUUUUUUUAAAAUAAUUCCAGAUUUUCUUCAUAUUUUUUAAAAUAAAUCGAUGUCCA